UGUGUGUCUCUCGGCGGUGCUGUAGCGCUGCUUAUAGACGUAAGCGGUACAGUGUAGCAGUAGCCGUAGCAGCUGCGGCAGCAACACCAGCAGUUACAGUUGCAGCUGCAGAAACGACUCGGGGUGUAUCGGGAUUUCACGGUCUCAGGGUGAGAGGAGCAAGAAUUCAAUUAGCACUGACUGAAUCAUGGCUACUGAAACAAUAUCCUCGUGCACAGGCUCCAGUUUACUGCAGCCGAUAAGCGAAAUCGUCAAUCUCCCAUUGGAUCAGGUGAACUUCGUGGUCUGCCAGCUGUUCGCUCUGCUCACGGCGUUCUGGUUCCGCCUGUACCUCCACCCCAGUAAAACCAGCCCCUUCGUCCGGCACAUGGUGGCCACGCUGCUGGGGUUCCACUUUGCGCUGUUCUGUUUCGGCUGGUAUGCCUUACACUUCCUGGUUCAGAGUGGGAUCACCUACAGCAUCAUGAUUCUGGCGGGAGUGGAGCACAUGCACAAGUACUGUUUUGUGGUGGCUCUGGGGUACCUCAGCUUUUGCCAGAUCACCCGGGUGUACGUCUUCGACUACGGGAUGUACUCCGCAGACUUCACCGGGCCCAUGAUGGUAAUCACUCAGAAGAUCACCAGCCUAGCAUUUGAAAUCCAUGACGGAAUGGCUCGUAAGGAUGAGCAGCUGACUGCCAGUCAGAGAUAUCUAGCUGUAAGGAGGAUGCCUAGUUUGCUGGAGUAUCUGAGCUACAACUGUAACUUCAUGGGAAUCCUGGCAGGGCCCACAUGCUCGUACAAGGACUAUAUCACCUUCAUCGAAGGCACAGCCUACUGCCAGAAGCACCUGGAGCCCAACGGGAAGGUCAACGGGAAGCUCAAGCAGAGCGAUCCCUCGCCCAGGGUGGACGUCAUCCACAAGCUGUUCGCCUGUGCCGUGUCGCUCCUCGUCUUCCUGUCCGUCUGCAAAGUGUUCCCCGUGGAGCGCAACAUUGACGACGACUUCAUAGCCACCACGCCGUUCUACGGCCAGGUGGUGUACCUGUACCUGUCCAUGCUCACCACGCGGCCCAAGUACUACUUUGUGUGGACCCUCGCCGACGCCAUCAACAACGCAGCGGGAUUCGGCUUCAACGGCUACGGCGUGGACGGCUUGCCCCGGUGGGACCUGAUAUCAAACCUGAGGAUACUGGAUAUAGAGUUUGCUACCAGCUUUAAGAUGUUCCUUGAUAAUUGGAAUAUUCAAACAGCACUUUGGCUCAAAAGAGUGUGCUACGAGCGCUGUCCCUACAACCCCACGGCUGCCACCUUCCUGCUGUCGGCCAUGUGGCACGGUGCUUACCCCGGGUACUACCUCACCUUCUUCACUGGCAUCCUGAUGACAUUAGCGGCGCGAGCGAUAAGACACAAUGUGAGGCCAUAUUUCCUGGGUUCAGCAACACACAAGCAGUUCUAUGACAUCAUCACGUGGGCGGGGACUCAGAUUGCCAUAUGCUACACAGUGGUACCCUUUGUGCUACUGUCAGUGGGUCCAUCUAUGAAGUUCUACAGGUCAUGGUAUUUCUGCAUCCACGUCGGCUGCGUGCUGCUGGUGGCGGCCCUGCCGGUGAAGACCAGACACCUGCGGGCCAAGGAGCACCAGUACAGCCUGCCACAAAGCCUCCCCCAGGACGGCCUGUCCGUCACAGACAGCAACAGCAACCAGAGGGGGAAGGCCACAUGAGGGACGGCGUGGUGGGGCGGGGCAGGGGCGGGGUAGGGGGGGAGGGCGGGGUCAGGGGGGAAGCGCGUGCAGAGACGGGCUAACGAGAACUGCCCAGCACUGAGACCACUGCACAGAUCGUGUUUUACGCAGAGACGGACGAACACACAUAAGUCCUCUUGGCCACAUUACGGAGAGGGAAUUUGUGUUUCGGCUGGAGGCAGAACGGACUGCUGCUGCAGGACGAGUUUUCCAGUUUUAAUGAGGACUCUUAACGACGAAGGCCAAUCGGAGGAUCAGCUGACGUGGUCAAAUUGAAAAUGGAAUUAUGCAGAAAGGCUUUUAAAAACCCUCUAUUUACUCAGCAGGUUCGCAGACUUUGGUGAGUGUUGGUUUGAAGGCCUAGAGGACUGACCCCCAGGGUGUCACACUUGCACACGUCAGCAGUGGUCUUCAGGCACCAGUAUCGGCCAGUAGGGGUUGCUUCUUCUUAUGGCUGGUUGUGGUAUUUAGAGGGUUUUAGUCUAUGUGAAAACGUAUCCCCCCCUCCUUUUGGAAAAAUAAAUCUUGAAGAAAAACAACAUGUUAAAGAAAAACAAAGUUGUAACACCACAUGUAUGUUGGAUGCCAACCUCUUCAGAGGAGCUUCUGAGUCCUCUGAGGAAUUGUUCUCUUACUCGCUGACCUUGUGGACCUGUUGUAUGAUGCUUUCCUCAGGCAAAGUACAUCUGUCCAGGGCCUGAGGCAGUUGCUGAAGGGAUGCGUGUUGAUCUCUGUGAUAUGGUUUGAAUUUUAAGUGUCUUUGUUGCCAUCGUUUAAGUCUGUGGUCCCUCCAGCUCUCUCUCUACAAGUCACACCCCGCAGGCCUCCUCAGCCAAUAGCCGUGCUGUUCCUUAUUAAUCAGUGUCAGUGUUCAAUGUCAUUAACCUCAAGACUGGCAUUCGGCAAAUCAUGAGAAUUCACAGUUGACAAGUUUGAAGGAAUGUGUUGGAGGACCUUUUCUUGCUUUUAUUUUUUUUUCAUGUCUCACAUUUUAACAUGUUUUCCAGGAAAGGAGAAUUGCCUCAUUCACAUUUCUAGAAGUAAUGUCAGUGUGUCAGAAUUGCCAGAUCCGUCAGUAAUCCAGUCUGUCAGGUCUCAUCAUUCACCCGUAAUCAUCUUCAUUCGCCAACACUGUCCACUGUGAAGGUAAACAAUAGUCACUGAUUUUGAGAAAGGUAUUUUCCAAUAAUUUGUAUUUAUGUUAUUCCAGUUGUUGAGUGUGAAUUAGAACGUAUUGGAGGCCAGUCCAAAUCAAGAGUCGAUUGAAGACGAGACGGGAUUUCUUUUAAAAUGUAUUUUCCUUUCUGUUCCAAGUGACAUUGGACUGGAGGAGUGCGAUAGAGCUGGGUGCUGGGGUAAAGAUUGUAACAGGAUUAAGGGAAGGGCAUUUUGUCAGGUUUUUACAGUGAAAGAUAUUAUGCCACGAUGACUGGAAAAUCUCUUGUAUGUCACUUUUUUUUUGUGUUUGCAUUUUUUUUUCUUCCUUUUGUGAAAUAUGUGAUUAAAAAGAUGGAUGAAUUUGAA